GUAAAUUGCGUAAAAUUCGUCUUCUUUGGCGCUCAAAAUAUGGAACCCUUGAAGCUCCUUUCCGAGAGCUGUAACGACCWAAAWAUAGCGUUACUAUUGCUUAAUUGCCCAUCUCAAGUUUUAGAGAAGAAACUUAGUGUUUUGUGGCCAAAAGCUGUGAUAAAAGUCGCGACGGAUGGCGCUGCAAACCAGCUCAAAUAUAUCAACGAAAAAGGCAGCAAUUUUAUUCCAGACGUGAUCAGYGGUGAUUUCGAUUCAGCCAAAAGUACUGUACUCGAGCAWUUCAAAGGACUAGGUACAGAAAUUCUGCACACUCCAGAYCAAGACGCUACCGAUUUUACAAAGGCUUUGCAGUACAUAAUUGCAAAGCCAAAUAUAGCAUAUGACRUCAUUGUUGUACUUGGAGGGAUGUGGGAAUCACGCGUGGACCACGUGUUUGGAAAUUUCUACACUUUGUACUUGGCAAUGGAGAUGACUGACAAGAAGGUCUUUCUCUUUCUUGAUGACUCAGUCAAUGUAUUAUUGAAACCAGGAAAACAUACYAUUCAUGUUGACACUGGACUAGAAGGGGAUUGGUGUGGUAUCAUCCCUCUUGGGCAGCCUUGUAGGACGAUURCCACAACAGGWCUCAAGUGGAACCUAAAUCAAGACUCAUUGGAUUUUAAUCGUGGAAUUAUCAGCACAUCAAAUACAUGGGAUGGUAGURARGUUGUCACUAUUGAAGUCAGUGACACUGUUUUGUGGACAAUGGGUAUUAAGAGCAACAUAUAAUGUUUGUCAUUAGCAAUCCCUGUUAUUUUUUUCAUUCUCUAAAUUAUUAGAAGUAUUUAUUUUAGAGYAGACUUGUGUUCAACCUGUAGCAAUAAAUAUAAUUAUUAGUGGAAGGCAAACUUUUAAAGAGAAARAAGAAUUAGCCCGAAUUGUCUUGUUUUGAAAGUGAAAUAGGUCAAUUUAAAUACAUUAUGUUGUAGCUAGACAAAGUACCCAGAAUAAUAACAUUGUUCUGGGUUUGGUGUUAUGGAGAGUGAAUAAAAUUUUCCACUCUAAAAAUGUGUAAGGAUUUAUCAACUGGAUAAUAUAAAAAUAAUAUAAUCAAAAUAAAAUUGUUUAUUGGUUCAA